AUGUGCCCAAAGAUUCCACAUCUCAGGACAAUACCAGUUAAUCCAAAAGUAAGCCCAUACAUAAACAAGGAAUCAUUGGAUGUUUUGAAAAGUGAAUUCGAAUCAUUUGAAGUAUAUCUUCAUGAAAAUUUUUUUGACAAAAAACUUUAUUUUUGUCAUGCAAUUCUUGAGUUGUACGGAUGA